AAGCAACGAUCACUCCGAAUCUAUAUCCGGCGCAUCCGUAUUGCUCUCAGAGGGGAAGCGACGAACCCGAGCAUCUUCUAGGUCUGACAGGCCAUCAACUAUUUCCGACAUCCCUCCCGAUAUCGAAUUUCUUCUCUCUCCACCCCACUAUCCUUACCCACACACGGGCUCAAACAGGACUCUCUCCUCGUCAUGGCGACCAUUACUGGGGACAGAGCCGCGGCUGGCGGCUUUGCCACGAUUGAUACCACCGCUUCCCAUCCGUACACAUGCAACACAUGUCAAGUGGCCUUCCGAAACAGUGAUCUUCAGAAGGGUCACAUGAAGAAUGACUGGCACCGAUACAACCUCAAACGCCGAGUCGCCUCUCUACCCCCGAUUUCCUCAGAGGUUUUCACCGAGAAAGUCCUGCAAGCCCGAGCGGUCUCCACUGCUGAGGCAGAUAAAGCUGGGUUCGAAAGGGUAUGCGACGUAUGCCAGAAGACGUAUUUCAGCGAAAACUCGUACCGGAAUCAUAUUGGAAGCGCAAAACAUAGGGCAAGGGCGACCGCCUUGCCAUCACAAGCCAGCGGAGCGGCAGAUGACGCGAGCUCCGUCAUGAGCUCCACAUUCUCUCUCGGAGAUCCUGUCGACGCGAAGCCAGAUGUUGGCUCGGAUGCCGAAGAGGAGUUCACCGAAGUGAUCGAGAGCCUCAAGAAGGCGGGCUUGAAUGAUCGCACGUCUCCCAUCAAACGGCCGUCGAAUCCGCACCUGUCUGCUGCCAGCCAGCAGAAGACCGAGCACCCUGUUUCCCAAUCGUCCAGUGAACAGCCGUCAAAUUUGGCAACUUCGGCAUCGAGCACGCCGACCCCUUCGAAGGCCGGCGGUCCGGUGCUCUCGCUCAAGUCUUGCUUGUUUUGUAACUACGAUUCACCAACCGUGCCCCUGAAUGCCCACCACAUGGAGCGCAUUCAUGGCAUGUUCAUCCCCGAAAAGGAAUACUUGGUCGACCUCGAGGGCUUGUUAAGAACUCUGCAACAGCGUGUAUUCGAAAUGCACGAGUGCCUGUCCUGCGGCAAGGUGAAGGCGAACUCGGAUGCAGCGCAAACUCAUAUGCGAGAUACGGGUCACUGUAAGAUUCCGUACACCACGGAAGACGAGCAGCUCGAUAUCGGCGAGUUCUACGACUUCCGCGGUACCUAUUCAGACAGCGGAGACUCGGAUGACGAAUCCGCGGACGGAGAUAACCGACAGCACGGCGGUGCGAAACUUGGCGCCAAGCGCCAGGCCAAGGUCGCGGGCGGAGACGGAGACGGAGACGAGGUCAAGGGCGAGGACGACGGCUGGGAGACGGACAGCUCGGCUUCUUCCCUCGACACGGAGGACCUGCACGCGGUUCCGGCGGAGCAGCACUACCACCAGUACGAGCGUCUCGGCAAGCACCCGCACCACUCUCGCGACGACCCGCGCAACCACCACCAGCGGGACGGUUGGCACUCGCACGCGCACAAGCACACCCACGCCGCCUUCUACGAUGAGUACGAGAUGCACCUCCCGUCGGGCAAGUCGGUCGGCCACCGGUCUCUCAACAAAUACUACCGCCAGAACCUGCACAGCUACCCGAGUGCGGAGGAGCGGGCCGAGCGCCAGGCCAUCGAGGCCGCCGAGGCAGAGGAGGACAUGGACAUAGACUCCGAGGACGGAGAGGGCGGCGAGGGCGGCCAGGUUGCCAGGCGCGAUCGUCCGGGCCGCGGCCGCGCGCUGGUCAGCCGCGCGAACGGCGGUCUGGGCAUGGCCGGCGUGUCGGCGCAGAAGAAGAGGGAGGUGCGCCGGGCCGAGGCUCGGUCCCGCAAGGUCCAGGAUAUUUCCACUCGGGCGACGCAGUGGUCCGUCAACAAGCAGGCCAACGCCCAGAAGUACUUCCACUACAGCAUCUUGUAGAUGGCGGGCGGUGCGGCUCGUUUGGCUGGGUGGGGGUGUAGAAAUGGGGCAAUCGGUGUUUGUUUCUCCCUGGAGAUUCUCAGACAAGACGGGGUAAAUAAAAAGAAAUGCGUUGCCUGCCUUCGUAGACGGCUUCAUAGUAGACUACAGUGUUCUUCCAGGACAGUGAAGUGCAGCUAUAUUGUGAAAUUCAAAUCUGGGUAACCACAGCCGUCGAAAGUUCAACAGAGCCAUGGGGUCCCUUCCAAAGCAGAGCUACCUAGGUAUUUACCGAAAGGUAUGACCUCCCUCCUCUCCUCCAGCACACAAUCCCACACUAGGAAACAUCCCCCAAAACAGACCCAAGGAACCGCAACCUCACCACCCCGGCUCAUCCCGCUCCAGCUUAGGCGUGACAACGGCAUUGCGGUCCGCAAACGGAUCGUCCUCGUCCUCGUCGGCGUAGC